ACACGUUCAACAAAAGACCAUUUUUGUUGAUUCUCCCUUUAUCAUCUCAGCUUUGAAGUUUUGUUUGUCUCUAAUUAUCAGUAAUAAGUAUGUUAAAGAAUAAUGCUAUUCGAGUUGAAGAGCAUGAACCUUAGGUGCUUUGGUGUAGGGAAAAAAAAAAAUGCUUUUGCUAAAAUCAUUUUCUAGUGUUUAGUUGAAAUUGUUGGUAGAUGGAUGAACUUAGUUAGAACUGGUGUUUUUGGUACUUUACUCUCUUUAAAUGAACUUAGAGACCGCAUGCGGUGUUAGAUGCUUGUUUAUAUCAGAGUAAUAGAUAGCUUUUUCUUUAAUAUCACUCAUAUUCACCAAACGAUGACAAAAUAGUACCUAGAAGGUUCCCUUUAAAUGGAUUUGUCCUUCAUUUUGGUCUUUUAGGCAUCUUUAGAAAUUGAAGCCAUGUCUGGACAUAACUUGUGCUAUAUAUGAUACGAAAAUAUAAACUUAUGUCUCGUGAAAAGACCAGCACAAAAUAAGGGCAACAGUGCAAAUGACCCCCAACAAGGUAUUGCAAAAAUAGACGAAAUUUGGUGACCCAACUUCUUAAACAAAGAGUACCCAUCAUUCACAAUGAUUGAUCACACCUACAUCACUAACAACAGUUACAAAAGAUACUCAAUUUAGUAGAUACUGAAAAUUGUGACAGCUAAUCAAGAAGAAAAAGAAAAACAACAGUAUAAUCUCACAAAUGAUAUCUGGAAAAGUAGUAGCGUAUACACAAACCUUUCCACUACCUUGUUGGGUAGAAAGGCUGUUUCCGACAAACUCUCGGCAAGAAGUAAAAAAGAAAGCAAACGCUUCAAACUAAAGAAACUAUCAUUCCUUCAUCUUCACUCAAGAAAAUUCAGAAAGGAAAUUAACACAUGUCACUCAAAUUAUUAAAAGCCUCUCUUUAGGUAGAAAAUAGUGACAUGAGAAAAGUACACAAUGCCCCCUUCUGAAAUUGCUUUCCCUUUUCUUCUUUUCUCACCAAAAACUCGUCUAAAAAAGACUCUUUUACACAAGUACUAUAGAGCUAUGAAAUUUACAAAAAGAAACAUAAUCCCACUUCUUGUUUUCAUCUUAUCAUUUGCUUCCAUACUCAGACUAGUCAAGAUUUGUCUACUUACUUCAUAUUCCUCUCCGAUUUUCUCCGCCUUGUCUAUAGUUGAACACCCCCACAAUCUCCUCGAGGAGAAAGAAAUCAACUUUCUCUAUGAUCUUGUAUCGCGAAAAUCACCCUGCAAUAUUCUUGUUUUCGGGCUUGAAACGCAAUACUCUUAUCAAAUUUCAAACAUCAACAAGGGUGGAAUCACUGUCUUUCUUGAGGACAACGCCGCGAAGAUCAAGGCUAGUAACUCCACGAGUAAUACUAACAACACUCGGAUUCACAGAGUCGAGUAUCAGACAGUUGCUAAAAACGCAUACAAGAUUUUAAAACAUGCUAGACAGAACCAGAAAGACUGCUACAUAUCAGCUACUGAUAGUGCCAAACAUGAUCUGCAUAGUAAUUCAUCAAGGAAGUGCAAAUUUAUUUCACUUGUGACAAAUGUACCUAAGGAAGUGUAUGAAGUGAAGUGGGAUUUGGUGAUUGUGGAUGGACCAGAUGGAGAUAAACCAGAAACACCAGGAAGAAUGGCUGCAAUUUAUAUUGCUGGUGUAGUAGCAAGAAGAAGCAAGAACAAGAAUGGGACUCAUGUGUUGGUACAUGAUGUUGAUAGAAUGAUUGAGAAAUGGUUUUCUUGGGAAUUCUUAUGUGACACUAAUUUGGUUUCUUCUAAAGGGAAAUUCUGGGAUUUUAACAUACUAGCAAAACCAAAUGCCACCACAUUUUGUCCUACAUAAUUGAACAUAUAUAGUUUGCGGUUGUAGAAGAAAUUCUUUUGUUUGCUAUUAGAUCUAGGCAUCUAGCUUAUGUUUAUUUCGUUUCCAUAUAUAUUCUUUUCAUUAUAUUGAGAACUCAUUUUAAUUUAUCUCUUUGUAAAUUUGUCCCUUCUAUACAUGUUUACCUC